GUUAAUUGCAGCGACACUGUUAGCUUAAGAAAAAUAAAUAUACAUACUACGUAUAGAUGCAAACGGCAAGAAUAAACAUAAAUAAUAAACAUAAACAACGACACACAACACUGUACAUUCACACACACUCACACACACAACACACACCCAUGGAGCUGGAGAAGAAGUCCAAGGAGCAGCUGCGACGCUACAAAAAAUCGCGGCACACUCACUCCAGCAGCGAGAGCUCCAGCACGGACACAGAAAGCGGCAGUGGCAGUUCAUACAGCAGCACGGAUAGUGAACGUGAACGGGAACGCGAGCGCGAACGGGAACACCAUGCCCAUGCUCAUGCCCAUGGACAUCAGCAUGGCCAUGUUCAUAACCAUGCUCAUGCCCAUGGGCAUCCACAUACGCAUACGCAUCCGCAUCAGCAUCAGCAUGCACAUCCGCAUCAGCAUACGCAUCAGCGCGGUGUCGAGCGGCAUCAUCGGAAGAAGAAGAGCAGCCGACGCGCAGCCAGCUCAAGCGGCGAUGAGCGUCAGAAGCGUGAGAAGCGAGAACGUGAACGUCAUAACCAUGGGCAUGGCGAAAGAGAUCAUGAUCAAAAGAAGCUUGUGGCCAAGCGUAAUCACAUCAAGCGCAAGUUGAAGGAGGCACGGCUGAAGAAACGCGCUGCCGCCGCCUUGAGUGGCCAUGGCCAUCGCUCGCUGUCGCCGGCCACGCAGGCCAAACUAAAGAAAAUGGCCGAGCGCAAGCAGCGCGAGCGUGAGCGGGACAAGCUGCGCGGCGUGCAUCGUGAGCAUCGAGAUCGUGAACGUGACCAUCAUCGCUUGGGCAGUAGUCGUUCGCCCACGGGCGGCGGUGUCGGCUCCAGCAGCACCACUACCACCACCAAAAUACGCAUCCACCAGGAUGUGCUGGGCAAGCGGCAAAAGAGUCCCGGACCGGGCGGCAGUGGCUCCAGCAUGGUAGCCUUGGGUGUGCCCACGGCGCGCAUGCACCAUCAGCUGAUGUCGCGCGAGAAGAUCAUCAUCCAGACGCGCGCGCGUGUACGCACGCCUUCCAUAGAGCGUGAACGCGAGCGAGAUCGCGAGCGUGAGCGCAUGGAGCGUGAGCGGGAAAGAGAGCGCCACGUCGAGCGCGAGCAGGAGCGUCAACGGCACGAGCACAAGCUGCAUCGCCACGAUGAGCUCUCGCUGCGUAAUCGUGAGCGGGAUCGGCGGGAGCAGGAGCGCGCGGAUCGCGAGGCAGCGCGUGAUAAGGAGCGCGCCGAGGCAUUGGCGCGCUGCCAGGAGCGGCAGCGUGAGCGCGAGCGUCUGGCACGCGAGAAGCUGCGUCGUCAGGAGGAGGAGGAGAGCCCCAACGGUGGCAGCGUGGGCAAGAAGUCCUACGGCGGCAGCAGUGUGCGCGAACUGGAUCUGCCCAUGUCCUAUGUCCAUGGCAGUCGCGAGCGUUCGCUGGAGACGGUCGAGCGCAGCGGACGGCAUGUGCGCGACAAGCGUGAGCUGGAUCCGUAUGAGCGUGAGCAGGACUUUAUCGAACCGGAGCGACAUGGACUGAUGGACGUGGACAUGCGUCGCUAUGGAGGACAGCGUCGCCGGGAGCUGAGUCCGCUGCCCGAGCACUAUGCGCCGCGCGUGAUGCGUGAUCCGCGUGAUCUCUACUCCGAGGAAGAGCGUGAGCGCGCCUACAAACGCGCCUAUUUGGAUGCGCGCUACUCGCGCGAGCGUGAGGCUUGGCUGGAGGCACGAGAAAUGCGCGACUAUCGCGAGCUGGACAACGAUGAGGCGCUGGUCUAUGCGGAUGAGCGAGAGCGCAUGCUGCGCGAACGUGAGCGCGAGCGGGAGCGCAUGCCGGCGCGUGGCGACUAUCGCGCUGAAUGGGAACGCGACUGGGAGGAUGAGGGCGCAGUGGCUGGCGGUGCGGCUGGUGCUAAUGGCGGUGGAACGCCAGCACGCAGUAGUGGCUUUGUGGGCGGAUCCAAGCGCUCCAAGCAGGCACACAGCAGCAGCAAGCAACAGCAGCACACGCCCUCAGAGCCGGAGUGGGAUGCGGAUGAGCGGGAGGAGUGCGUGGACACGGGCGUGGUGAAGAGCGAGUCGGGCUGGCAGCUGGCCAGCAGCAACGAUUGGCGCGACAGCGAGGAGCCCAGCUUUGGGUGUGGACGUGGCAAUGCCAAUGAGAUGCAUGGAGCAGCACAUGGCAUGCCCAGCUCCAACGCCUCGCCACAUCAUCAUAUGCAUGGGCGCAGCGAACGCGGCGGUGGCGGCGGCGGCGGUGGACGUGGCUUUCGACGUGGCGGAGGCGGCGGCAUGGCGCAUGGACAUGGACAUGAGCAGGGCGAGCGUGGCUAUCGCUCGCAUCCGCCGCCGCUGAUGACGUUGCCAGUGCAGCCGCCGGGUGGUUAUCAUGGCGGUGGAGGAGGCGGUGGCUCGCGUGGCUUCCUACACAAGCGCUCCUAUGGCGGCGGCGGCGGCUACCUCAAGAAGCAUCAGCACAUGGGUGGCAACAUGGUAUCGAGCGGCGGAGCGGCCAAUCCGGCGGCACAGCUCAAGCCCGGCAAUGCGGCAGCACAGGCGAGCGCUGUGGCAGCGGCGACUACGGCAGUGGCCGCGGCGAAGGCGGCGGCGCAGAGUUCCGCCAAUGCCACCACGAAUCCGGGUAUCUUGGCCCAGGUGAGUAAGUUUACCAGCAUUAAGCAGGAGGAUGGUUCAGAGGAUUCUACAGGCACAAUGGAGGCAGUGGGCGGAGGCAUGGAGAAUUGCCAUGGAUUGGACAGAGAGCUUAAACAAGAGUCAAAGUCCAACGGAGAGCUGAGCGAGAUUAGCGACAGCGAUGACGACAUACUCAACACGACGGACAGAAUCAAGCCGAAGUGUGAGUCGCUGUUGGAUGCGGACGCCCAGGAGCUAUCCGCAGAUGCGCUCUCCAACGACGAGCAGCAAAUCAAGAUCGAGCAUAAGCUGGAGGACAAAUUGGAGGAAAUGGACGAGGUGCUGGACUUUGAAGAGAUCUCCGAUGGCGAGCUGGAGGAAGAGGCUCGAGUACAGAAGGGCAUUGGCGAUGCAUUGGGCGUGGACUGGGAGGGCUUGGUAGCGGAGACGCGUCAGCAUGCGGAGGAGCAUGCGGCGGCGCGUGCAGCGGAUCGCAAUUCAUCGGCGAAGAAGCUGUGGCAACCGCAUCGCGUGAUUCUCGAGCUGGGCAUAUCCUUUGACAUGGCGGGCGUUAACUAUGCCCACAGCGUAUUGAACGAGGCGCGCUAUUAUAUGAUGCUGGAGCAUAAGGAGCAGUAUAGGCUCGAGGCGAGCUUGGAGCCGGGCCAGACGCCGCCGCCACCGUUGCCGCACUACAGCGAACUGCUGGACACGGUCUAUGUGGCGCCGAUGGCCUGCGAUCAACUGGGAUUGCGCGAGAUCGAGCGUCAGCGUCAGGCGGGCGCUACCUGCUCUCUGGGCAUGAAUGCGCUAUGCGCGCGUCAGGAUUUGCGUCUGCGUCGCCAGCUCUUCGACUUGCCGACGCGUGAGAUCGAGCUCUCUCGCAAUCGGCCCAUGAUUAGCGAGAAUCUGCGCUCGCUCGCCAUGAUCGCGUUCCAGCAAAGCCUCGACGUCCAAGGAAUUGUGCUAUACGACUGAGUAAAUAAGUCAAAGUGCCGUCACGGCAUUCAAUCGAUUACCUUAAAUCAAAUGCAAAACACACUAAGCAUUAAGAGUUUCCGCAGCUGUAAGGUAGCUCUAAGGAUUGGCACACAUUCUACAAAAUAGUUUGGUAUGGUAUGUAAUCUAUACAUAUAUGUCUAUAUAUAUAUUCGCAUUGUAUCAACGUGUUAUGUACUCUCAAUAAGUAUAUGAACCCUUAAACCUACUAUAAACAUUGCAAAUUGCAAAUAGUGACCUUAAUAAAUUUAAUGUA